GGGCGGGAGGGGGGGCGGUCAUCCGGUCUCGCCGCCGCCAAAGUUUCCCGGUGGAGCAGCGGCCGCCCUUCCUUCCCAGGUCCCGGGCGUGGGGGCGACCCUCGGGCGAGAACUGUUUCCGAGGGCAGCGGGGCCCCCCUCUUCAGCCAGACCCCGAGCCUCCAUUGCGUCCAACUCGGAUUCCCAACUUGGGAGGCGCCGCGGGCCUGCGCACGCGCGCCUUCCUCUCCUCCUCGUCCUCCUCCCACUGGAGAGCAGGCUCCGGGCCGAGCGGGCGCAGAGACCCGCACUCCGCGCGCUGACCCGUCUCCCGGUCCUCUGCUCCGCCCAUGCCGACGCCGGUCGCCCGCCGGGUGCGCCCUCGCCCGAGGGCCAGCUAAACGCGGGCCGGCGGCGCGGCGCGAGGUGGGCCUGACCCGGCGCUGCCCUCGACAGCGGCAAGUUUGGGAGUUGCACUAGUUUGCGGGGUGGGAGAGAGACCGGGCGGGGGGGCGGGCCAUGGAGGAGGACCGGGGGUCGGCGCUGGCGGCCGAGUCGGCGCUGGAGAAGAACGUGGCGGAGCUGACCGUCAUGGACGUGUACGACAUCGCGUCGCUGGUGGGCCACGAGUUCGAGCGGGUCAUCGACCAGCACGGCUGCGAGGCCAUCGCGCGCCUCAUGCCCAAGGUCGUGCGCGUCCUGGAGAUCCUGGAGGUGCUGGUCAGUCGCCACCACGUCGCACCUGAGCUGGACGAGUUGCGCCUCGAGCUGGACCGCCUGCGCCUCGAGAGGAUGGACCGCAUCGAGAAGGAGCGCAAGCACCAGAAGGAGCUGGAGCUGGUGGAGGACGUGUGGCGAGGGGAAGCACAGGACCUGCUUUCCCAGAUCGCCCAGCUGCAGGAGGAGAACAAGCAGCUCAUGACCAACCUCUCCCACAAGGAUGUCAGUUUCUCCGAGGAAGAGUUCCAGAAGCAUGAAGGCAUGUCGGAGCGGGAGCGGCAGGUGAUGAAGAAGCUGAAGGAGGUGGUGGACAAACAGCGUGAUGAGAUCCGAGCCAAGGACAGGGAGCUCGGGCUGAAGAACGAGGACGUGGAGGCGCUGCAGCAGCAGCAGACGCGGCUGAUGAAGAUUAACCAUGACCUCCGGCACCGCAUCACAGUGGUGGAGGCCCAGGGGAAGGCCCUGAUCGAGCAGAAGGUGGAACUGGAGGCAGACCUACAAACCAAGGAGCAGGAGAUGGGCAGCUUGCGGGCGGAGCUCGGGAAGCUGCGAGACAGGCUGCAGGGCGAGCUCAGCCAGAAUGGCGAGGAGGGGCCAGAGGUGAGUGGAAAGCCAACUACGGUGAUACGGGGGGAGGGGAGCAGUAAAGAAGGUCCUUUAAGUGACGGGUUUAGCUUCUUCUCCCGAGAUAAGAAGCGUCUGGCCAACACUCAGAGAAAUGUGCACAUCCAGGAGUCCUUUGGCCAGUGGGCCAACUCCCACCGUGACGACGGUUACACGGAGCAAGGACAGGAAGCCUUACAGCACCUGUGACCGUGGCCCACCUCUGCCUUCGGACCUGAACUGUCCACCGCCAGCAUUUCCAACAGCACGUGGCAGCCCCCGGUGUUACUGCCUUGUACACCUUUCGGUUCAGAUGCACCCUCAAAACUGAUCCCUCAAACAAACUGUCUGCUUUGAGGAAGCACAUUGAAAAACUGAUGCCAAACUCUCAAAGAAAUGUUUAUUUAUACCCAGGGCUAUCAGCAUUUCUAAUAGAUGACUCUGACCCCUUAGGACAUAUAUUUAAUAAGACCAUGAGUGGAGGCCCGACUUUUUUGCAUUAACUUCAGUUAACACAAGCUUCUUAAAGCCAAAUACAUCACUUGCCACUAUAACGGCUGUGUGACUGCUUGGUAUGAAAUUCUAUGUGGGGAAGUUCUGUGAUCAUGUUUGUCAUACUUAAGGGGGAGGCAGGGAAGUGGUAGGUUGUCAUCAGCUACGUUCAUGAGGUUGGCAUGGUGGUAGCAUGCUGUUUAGGAUGCAUCCAUCAGACAAGCGGGGCCUUGGAAGUCCCAGGCCAAGCUGGCCAAGCUCAGACACAAAGCAGCUGAAACUAUGGACACCAGUCCUCCCUCCCAGAAACUGGACACAACUUUGCAAGAACCGAUGUUCCUUUCUCCUCGUUACUGAUAGUGCCUAGAGUGUGUAGCACGGUCAAGGCCAGUGCCUUGGCACCGCUGUGAGUUACGCAGUAGUAACCAAACAAAGUGGCAAAGGAUGAGACAUUGCAACGUU